AUGUGGUGUCUGUGUGACGCCGUUGUCGACAUCUGGCCAGAUACAUCUUCAGGUACAUACAAUGUCGCCCUCGGUCAAACUGCUUCACAGAGUAGCAACUACACAACAUCUCGAGCUUUUGCCCCAACGGCGGUUGAUGGUGAUGUCGGGAACAACACUAUGGCUAGCGGUUCUUGUUUUCACACAAAGAAAGAGUACCAGCCGUGGUGGAGGGUGGACCUUCAUCAAGACUUCUACAUCACCAGUGUCGUUGUAUAUAACCGACUGGACUGCUGUAGUACACGGGCAAGGAACAUUACACUGACAAUCGGUAAAAGUUUGGACUCUAUGAGUAAGGCUGGAUACCUAGAUGGCGGGUUGACCACUCAUACGUUCACCGUUGACCCAUCAUUGGUAGGACGUUUCGUGCAAUUGCAGCUGAAAGAGAUAACGGAAUUUUUCCAUCUAUGUGAGGUAGAAGUCAUGGCAUAUCCCUCAGUAACCCAUUCGAAAAUCACAAAACGAAUCUUUGAUGCAAGCAACGAAGAGGAUGGGAUAAGUUCUGAAUUAACAAACUCAACUCCAAUUGUUCAUGUGGGUCAGAAAUUGAGGCUACAAUGUACGGCCAACACUGGGACUUUCAACACAUCGGUGCAAAUUGUUUGGAUGAAAAGCAGUCUUGAGAACGGUGGCCAUCUUGCCCCUUUUUCCUCGGAUAAACAAAUAAUCGGAGAACCGAAGGAUUUUGGCUUGUGUGAGUUUAAAAAGACUGACUCGAUAAUAUACGAAGUUAGUCAAGAAGACGCUGAAAGAACGUCAGAAAACGGUCUGCAUUUUCAGUGCUACGUUCAUAUUACGUCGAUAGACUGGGAAACACCUGAACAACAAAGACGAAAUUUCAGAUUUGUUGUCUAUUCAGUCGACGGAAACAGAGGUGUUUUAAGUAAAACGACAGCUAAGGAGUUUCCUAUAAAUACGACAGUUAUAUCGGGAACUAUUGGAGGUGUUUGCGCUUUGAUUAUUCUUGGAGCCGCCGGGAUUCUCCUGAGGAGAAAUAUCUCCAAUGGCUGCUGUCAUAGAGCUGAUGAGAAGUCUGACGAAACCAGUCGUAACCCGGAUGCACCAGUUGACACCGUCCCGUCUGCAAGAGACUCAGAAAUAUACACAAAAAUAGAGGAAACCUCUGACCGUCAAGCAAAUUGUAGCCGCACAGGUGAAUCGAGUUUCACCGUUCAGACAACGGAAACAUCACAAUACGAAGAGUUACGCGCGAGAGAAUCAAACACAUACACAGAAUUAGAUAGUCCGAUGUACGAAAACAUUUGCAAGUGAAGACUAUAAAAAGCUGCAUCAGUUUCUUGUUAAUGUUAUUUACCACAAGUGGGACAAUCACAUGUUUAAAUCAAAUGUUGAAAAGUAUGACCAGACACCAACUGGUCGACACAAUUUCUUAGAAUAAUUGCAAAUGUGGUUUCAGAAUGUUUUUGUCGUAAUACAGAAUGUAGUCAGUAAUGUCCCGGCUAAAGUAUUUGUAAUCGUUCUCUUGCAGUUCUUUACAUUCAUUUUGUCACUUAAAUUUUUUUAAUGAAUUUUGCAAUAUUGUAUGAAUCCGUGCAUUGUUUUUUUUUUCCAUUGUAUUCACUAUUAUUGCAUGCAAU